AUGGAAUCGGCAGAGUACUAUUAUGGCGAUGAAGCUGAGGAUUCCAUGGAGGUCGUCGCAGCUGAAGAAGCAGACGACGAUGAUGUCAUGGCUGCUGUUGUCGUGGAGGAAGAAGAGGAGGAAGACGACGAGGAGGAAGAUGCCGACGAGGAAGACGCAUUGGAAGGCGAAGCCGAUGCCGUUGUCGUCCCCACGGUGGUAGAAGAAGAAUCAGUGCCGGUGGCUGCUGCAGCUGUGGCCACAGCAGUUCCAGCAGCGAAACCAGCUCCUGCCAAAAAGAAGGCACCGUCAAAAAAGAGUAAAGGUGGUGGUGGGAAAGGUGGGUCGGCUGGAGGCGGAGCAAACAACAAAAAGAAAUCUUCCAAAAAGAAAAAAACUGCUGGGAAUGGGGCCUCUGGUAGUGGCUCAGCUUCUGCAUCUGCCAAUUCAAACAAUCAAGUCUUCUCUAGAAUAUCCCAAGAGAGGCUCAAUGCUGCUGCAAAGGCGCGCAAUCAAUUGGUUGAGUCUGCCACCACUUUACCGUUCAAAGCGGACGAAAUCCAUGUCAGGUGCUUUGGACGUCUUACCAUUGAACCGGCAACUAGCAAAAGCCACUUCUCAAAGGCCAAUGCCUUGUAUCCUGUGGGAUACUCUUGUGAUCGCUACGAAUUCAGCCCAGUACAUGGAAGAGUCCUAAAGUUGCGCUGCUCCGUACUCGAUGGCAAGAAAAUCAAGGAGAAACAAGCCGCCAAGGGAGUUCCCGUUGCAGUAUACCUGCACGAUGGGCCCAUCUUUCGCAUCAUGUGGGGACAGGGGAUUGAUGAAGACAAGGACGAUGUUGUUUACCCCUAUGAUCCCUACUCCAUGUCGGCCCCACUCUCCACCAAUCAAGUCGAUGCUGUAGCCAUACCCACGACGGCUGAAGGAUCCGGGAAACCUGUCAUACCUGUUCCAGGAAUGAGAGUCAAAGUCACAUUCGACCGUGGACAGGGCUUUGAAGGAACAAUAUCCAAGGUUGGGACACCCGUUGAGGAAGGGGUCAAAUCAAAGAAACGAAUGCAUGUCGAAAUAGAGAUCCAGUAUGACGACGGUUCUUCGGAAGUGCUCAUGUUUCCAGAUCCCGAUGUUUCCUUGCUUUUGCCAGAGGCGGAACCAGAUGUUGACAGCCAAGGAAACCUUGAACACCGUGAGAUGAACGGCUUGCCUGUGCACACUGUGAUAGGAUUGUCUCCAAUUGAGGCAUGGGGGAAAGUACUCUCUAGGUUGGGCCUCACGGACGAAAUAAUAUCUGUAGCUGCCUUGGACUCUAUGCGGUGCUCCCGGAAUCUAGGUCUCAUGGAGGCCAAGGGUAAAAUUGAAUCAAAAAAGGCUCGUAAGAAAAGCGACGCCGACAACGGUGACGCUGGUGCUUCCGCAUCGGGAAGUCCUUCCGGGAAAGCGAUGGUUACCUUUCCCAGCUCCAUGGCGGAAGGAGAGAUUGCCUUGAAAGUAAGGGGUCUACGAAAGGAACUUGAUCAUGCAAAGAAUCAGGAUCGAGCGGCCGCUGUUGAUCUGGCAGACAAACGAAUAAGCGCCCUGGGUGCUUACCUCAGCAAUCCAUUUUCAGAUAAAGAUCCACAAUUGCCCCAUCAGUCGAAUUGGUUGGCACUUGCCGUGAGAAAGGAAAAGACCAAAAUGGGAAGUACUGGGAACAAGAAGAAAAUUGUCACAGCUACGGAUCUGUUGGAACGAAAUGAUACAUUCUACAACUCUGAAAUUGAGCAGCUUAUCGAGGGCCUUCCUGGCAGUGAGUACUGCACAUCAUACAUCUUCAAUUCAAUGCGAUCUGGCGGUUUUGCGGCAACCAACCGAGCAUGGGUACAUGAAGCGGAGGCUAGACGAGAAAAGGAACGCGAGAAGCGUGCAAAGGCAACCAAGGAGCAAAAAGCGAAGGACACGCAACAAAAGGAAAAGGAUAUGAAACGCAAACAAUUGAAUGACCGUCGAGAUGAGCAAAAACGGCGAAAGCUUGAGGAGGAGGACGAAAAGAAGAAGGCAAGAAUCAAUGAGCGUCUUGCCCGCCUGAACAUGCAGGUGGAAGAGCGACUCUUCAAAGAAGCCUGCUUUCAACGUGAAAAGGCAAUCGUGGCACUUGCAAAGACAUUCACCCGUGAGUUUGCCAGACGACGACGAGCAGCCGAGGUCGUUGCUGGACAGCAAAUUUUUGAAUCCAAGCGUCGCAGUGGAGUGACCGAAGCAACCUACUUACACCUCCCAAAGCUUUCAAAAGUCUAUGAUGAGGAUGUUUUGAGGGUCUGGGAUUUCAUUUCUGUCUUUGGCGAUUUCUUUUUGAAGAAGGGGUUCAUAAAGUCCGUGCCUUCAAUGGAUUCUCUACAAUUAGCAAUUGACUCUCUCCGCGGCACUGGUGGAGAGGCAAGUAUUUCGAAACAAGCCGCUACACUGUCAUUGACGAACAUUGCAGUUGCCCUCUGCCAACCAUUGGCAGCCAGUCAAACCAGGCUUCUUUUUGCCAGUCUUAUCGCUUUGUAUCCAGUGCUGCAGAAGGAAUUCGGUGCAGCGUUUUUCAACGAAAUCAAUGAUGUCAACGACAAACCAGCUGAUAAGAAAGAGGACAAGGAGGAAGGGCCUAAACCGGAUGUACUUUUGCCUGUCAACGCUCUGACUUGGCAAGAGAUUGCUCGUGUUUCGUUUCUGUCCGAUGCUUUGGGAGAGCUCGGUUAUUCACGGCAAGACAGUGCCCACCUUCUUCGAGGCUACCGCAGUGCGGGCCACCCUAACAGCAAGGAAUCCCGACGGCUUCGUCGCGUGGAAGACUUUGCGAUUGCUCUUCUACGCCAAGCUCUUUCGGAAUGCUCUGAGCAAAGCAUCGAAAGACGCCCAACAACCAUCCGCAUCGAAAUCCCGACAACGCCUUCCUGUCAACCUCUGGAUUGGAUGUUCUACUUGCACAAUGUGCGCUUUAUGAAGCCCGCUGAAUUAGUCUCGUUUACAAAGAAUAUUGAAAAGGCUCUCCAGCACGUUAAAGCAGCUCCCAACGUUACCUCUGCCUCCACCUCCGCGAGUGCCUUGUCACUGAUCACUGGAUGCCUGGAAACGCUCAGGAGCAUUGAAUCGCCACAAGCAAAGACUGCGGCUGAGGUGGCUGCUUUCAAGAAUGCGCAGCAGAGCAUUGUUUCUUUUCUGGACAGCCAACCUAGUCGCACUCAACAAAACGGCGUGCUGACUGCGAAUGGGACUGUUGCGGUGAAGUCUAUCAGUCAAGCCGCACCAAAACAGUUCUCAGUGACAUCGAGUCGUCAUCACAUGGGUCUUCUGAGAUCCCUUACGCUGGACAAGAUGGCGGCGGCUGUUGUAGCGGCGGAAGAUGAAAAGGAAGUGGAAGAAGAGGAAAAGAAGCUUCCAGCAGAGGACUCUACGAUGAAUGAUACAGAGAAGGAAGGAAACGUAGCCGUGAAAGCAGAGACGACCCAAGAACCUGAAACCCCCGAAGCAAAUGGGGAGACUGACCCAGGAGAAAAGGACGGCGAUGACAAGGACAGCCCGCAGAAAGACCAGACGAUGGCUGAUGCCACAACGUCAACAGAAGUUCCCGUGCCAAUGGAGGUGGACAGCGCCGAGAAAAGCACCAAAGAGGAUCUCGAUUCCGGUGAUGCUGCGACAGCCGAGCCAGAUGGAACUGAGACAGGGGUCAAACAAGAGGAUAAUGGAUUUUCGAAAGAGGUUUCAAAUGGCAAAAAGCAAAAGAAACCAAGGGACCCUAGAAUGAUAGGGAAAGGAACUCAAUAUGACGACUUUUGUGAGGACAUCCCGACGGCACCUGAAUACAUCCGACGCUGUCUUGCGGUACUGCGGGGUCUCGCGUUAGCCGGACCAUCGGAACCGUUCCUCUACCCUGUGGAUCCACAAAGUGCCCCCGGUUAUUACGAAACGUGUCUGAAACCAAUGUGUCUCUGGAAGGCCGGUAAGCUACUUCAGGCAGCAUCUAAACGAUUUUCACAACAAUAUGCCAAGAACGACCAAGAGACACCAGAUGUACCCGAAGAAGAGGUAGACAAGGUGGUUCUGGAGUUCGGGAGAAACGUUCGUCUGAUUGCCUACAACUGUCAAUCUUACGCCAAUGCCGGACCAAUGGUGGUCAGUGCUGGGGCCGAGCUGCUUCGGAUUUUUGAGAGGUUAUUGCUGGACUGGGUACUGGCUCCGUCGAAUUUGCUUGUCGAUCUAAACGAACUCGACGAUGAGAAGUGCGUGGAGCAUCACGCGAGCGACGAAGACUCCACCGUGCUUCUCUGCGAUGGAUGCGAAGGAAACUUCAAUAUCACUAGACUCGAUCCUCCAUUGAAAUCGGUUCCAAAGGGCGACUGGUAUUGCCCUCGAUGCGUUUCGGGAAGAUGGUGGGGCCACCUUGAUCCUCGAAUUGGCAUGACAGUCCACCGAAUUAGCACCAAUGGAACCACCGAUGACAACGCCACUAAAUCAGAAUCCUCGUCGACUCAAGGUGUUGUGCAAAAGUGUUUCUUUGAAUACCCGGAAGCAACCGACUCGUCGCCGCUGCUUUGCUACGAAGUCAAAAUGAGCGACGGAGUCAUGGAAUCCUGGACACUAGAGGAGGUGGAACGCUCGCUAUCGGCUGCCGGCAAGUCGUUGCCUCGUGUGCGAAAUAUUCCAGCACUUGCAGAGAGCCCGGGUUAUGGCGCAGUUUUACCAAAUAAGAGGGUGUCGCGCGAAUUGGUCCCCAUCCCACUGAAUCCAAACAUAUCGGACGCAGCAGCUCAGGCUGCACUAUCGAGUACUGUGUUCCGCGACACAAUCUCUGCGUCGGGUACGCUCCUGUUGAUCAAUCCAGAGCAAAUGAAUGCUGGGGAAUGGCUCCGAUUGCUUUUGCUCCUUGUAAUGAAAUGCUCUUCGAGUGACAUGAUGCAAAAUCUUGCGAGCAAAUUGGAAGGCGAGUCGGCAGAGGCAAUGUCCAAGCACAUUGAGUCGCUUGGCAAAGUAUCGGAUAUCGCCGACGUUCUCGAAGCAGUGGACGACGAGGACGGACAGGAGGAAAAACAGCAAGAAGGGGUCGCCGAGGCUGGCGAGAAGGAUGUAGCUCAGAAAAUGGAUAUUGAAAGGGUCGAUCAUCAACUUCAAGGGACUCCAGCAAGCAUGCCUGUGCCCGGAGAAAGAAGGGGUUCAACCGUGGAGGUUGUGCCCAGUGCAGUUGAAGUCGUCAGCAGUGUUCCGGGUGUCCCAGGCCAGGCGUCCGCGGACGUGACCCAAGAGUCCAAGGAAGUUGUACUUAUAGAUCCUGUCAAGGAAAAGCGCACUGCUGACUUGGUUGAGAAGACCAAAAGAGCUAGGACACGUGAAGAUGCCAUCUCUGCUUUCAUGAUGAAAGGUCAGCUGAAGCCAACUGUAGCAAGUUUCGAGGAAGAUGCUGUUUCCCAUGUGAUUGAUGCUGCAUUGGGUUCCAAGCUUCCCGGGCUCUCCUUCCCGGCUACUCGUUGCCGAAAUGCCACCUGCGACUUCUGUGGCCUUUCUGAUGUCGCUUUGGGGGCGCCUCUGAUGCGUGCACCGGACGAGAACGAAUGGGGUGAAUUCAUUCCUCACACUUCGCGAUCUCGUCGCGUAAACCUCGUGGCUAGUUUGCAGGGCAAAGGAAUAUCCGAUGGAGACGAUAUGGAAGAGGAAACAAACUCUAACGAGGCGCCUCAGAAAAAGCUCGUACUGGUGAAAGUUCGAGUUGAAGACGAAAUAGUUUCAGAACGUGAAGACGGUGCGGUCUUUGAUCGGAUACCCGACGGCGGCAUGCUUGAGUUUUGCCCAAGGAACCCCGAAGGGUUCCAAAGUGAACUAGAGUUCAGAAGUUUGGUCGGUCUGCCGUUCAUCACUGGUUCAUUGUCGGCACAUGAAUGUUGUGCGAUUGCUGCUCACAAAGCACGGAAAAUUGAUGUGGUGCAACGAUUCAAGACACGCCAAUUGGAUUUGGCUGAAGCAGCCGCAGGAAUGUCAUGCGGACGUACGCUUGCUUUGGGCAGCGAUAGAAUGGGCAGGCUCUACUGGAAGUUUCACAAGGACACCGAUGCUCUCCUUGUUUAUGAGCCAAAUGAUGACGAUGGGGAGAACAGUGGAAAAUGGCAUCGAUUUUCGGAGCCCGAAACCAUAGCCAGCGUUCUGGCUAGCCUUGGAAAAGAUCCCGUGGUGAAAGACUUGAAGCGAGCGUAUCCACGUGCUGCCGAAAUGUUCAAAGACGGCAGCUGGUCGGAUGCCAUUUGGAAACGGCACUUCCCGAACGCCUUGAAGGCACUGAAUGAAUCCGAUGAAUCUUCCUCGGGAAAAGGGGCUGGAGGGUCGAAUCAGGCACUGGAAGAAUUCGAGGAUGAAGAACCUUUUGAGACCAAUGAAAAAGUGUUGGUUGAGUCCAAGUCCGGAAAACUACUGUGGGAUGCCGUAGUGCUGGAAGUGUCUCGGUCAGAAGGAGAUAAGGUGACAGGGUACAGAGUUCGUUACAGUGGAUGGAGCAGUAGGUUUGACGAAUGGGUUGACCCGAGUCGAUUAGUCGAGCCCAGCGAAAACAACCGUCAAGUCCAGGAAGAAAUGCUGGAAGAAGCCGCCAUGAAGAAGGAAGGUUUGCCGGCGGCUCUAAACAAUAUGGAAGCUUUCGCUUUCAUUCGAGCGGGUACCCGAGCUAGGGGAGCAGUACCACUUCCUGACUUUGCUGGUAUCGCUCGCGUUGGCGUGGGGUCCGCCGAUGAGAAGACAUUCGCUGUCUUGAAGGCAGGCGUAUUGAUGAUAGAAUCGGCAUUGCCUAUAGGAUCCAUCGAUGUGACGAGCAAGGGGCCAUGGAAACCGUCUGUCGCUCAGCAGUGGCGGCUGCUGGUGGAGCGAGCAGAGAGCCCGUCAGAUCUAUUACGGCUUGUUAUAUUGCUUGAAGAUAACAUUACUGAGGAAUGGUUCAAAACCGACGUGGGCCACAUCAGGGCAUGCUUGCCCAACAGAUGGAAAGCUCUUUCUGAAGCUUCUGUGGCUUCACUUGCCGUCAGGAUUAUCCUGUUGGAUCGAGGUUUGGACUACGUCACAAUCGACAAGAAAAGGUACCAAGAGCCGAGAGCACGCAAGAGAUGA